GGAGGUGGAGAACGACGACGACAAGGAAGGGGAAGAGCAAGGGCACGAAGACAGUCAGUCUCGGAUGAAAUUCGAGCCACUUUAGUUGACCAUGUCCUUGUCCAUGGGAUGACUAUGAGGGAGGCUGGGCAACGAGUACAACCAAAUUUGAGUCGCUUCACUGUUGCCUCCAUCAUCAGAACCUUCAGGGAGGAAAACAGGACACAGAGACGACCACCUGGUGGAGGCAGGUUAAGGCUUUUGUCGGAGGAGCAAGAGAGGGAACUUGUAAACAUGGUAAUUGCAAAUAAUGUAAUCCGCCUGCAAGAGAUUCAAAGGAGAGUGAUUGAGGAUGAUCAUCUUUUUCGAGGCAUAAAUGCCAUCAGCCUCUCCACAAUUGACCGCAUCCUCCGAAAGAAUCAAUUCCGGAUGAAACAGGCAUACCGAGUCCCUUUCGAACAAAACUCUGACAGAGUGAAAAACCAACGUGUGGAAUAUGUUCAGAGAAUCUUUGAGAUUGAAGGACGGCCUGUUCCCCAUGAAAUGAUCUUUGUGGAUGAGGCAGGUUUUAACCUGACCAAAAGAAGGAAAAGGGGGAGGAACAUAAUUGGCCAUCGGGCUAUUGUAAAUGUCCCUGGUCAGCGUGGGGGGAAUGUCACUAUGUGCGCAGCCAUCAGCCAACGAGGGGUACUCCACCGCCAUGCCGUACUAGGACCCUAUAACACUAUGCUUCUCCUUGCUUUUCUUGAUGGUUUAAGACAACAUAUGUUCCAGCUGGACUACAGGGAACCAGCACAGCCAGAGCAGCCUCACUACGUUGUUGUGUGGGAUAACGUCAGCUUCCAUCGCGCUGCUCUGGUUCGUGACUGGUUUACCAAUAACCCAAGGUUUUCUAAUAUCUUUCUGCCUGCAUACUCCCCCUUUCUAAACCCGAUAGAGGAGUUAUUUUCGGCAUGGCGGUGGAAAGUGUAUGACCGAGAACCUUAUGUCCGUGUUCACCUCCUUCAGGCCAUGGAAGAGGCCUGCCUAGACAUAUCAGUAGAUGCAUGCCAGGGGUGGAUCAGGCAUGCAAGAGGAUUUUACCCCCGCUGCCUGGCUGGGGCCAAUAUAGCCUGUGAUGUGGAUGAGAUUCUCUGGCCUGACCCAGACCAAAGACAAGAUGCUGUGGUGGGAUAAUGUUUCUGGUGUGUGUUGUACUGUAUAGUACAUGAAUGACAAUGUGCCACUGUACAUACAUUGGUUGCGUCUUUUGUGUUUAUCAUGUGACAAGGGUUUUGAAGGGGAGAACCAUAAGCAACCUAAUUGUUUUGGAACUAUUGUUUUGAAUUAAUUGUACCAGUGUGCAAAA